AAAAAAAAGAAAACAAAAACAAAGCCACCGACUCGAGGAAAAAGAGAAUAUCUACGAACUCUGAAUAUUCACUUCCAGGCAAAAAGUGUCGUAUUCAAAUUAAAUCUCAGUGAGAGCGAAAAUUGAAAGUGGAAAUUCUCUGUUCCUCUAAUUGAACGGAGAGAGAGAGGGAGGAGAGGGAGAGAUUUAAAAGCGAAGGAGACAGAAAGAGGAAAGACUGUGACAAGUUUCUGUGUGAAUCGGAUAUUAUAAAGAGGGCCGAGAGAGAGGGGAUAGGAAGUUUGAAGUUAGGGUUAGGGUUAGAGCUUUGUUGAUAAAGAUGACGGAUGUGAUAUUGCAUAUAUACGAUGUGACGAAUAGUGGAUCGGAGAAGACCAACAACACCAUUAUGCAGAUCAACAAGAUUUUCAAGGACGGUAUUGGCUUUGGUGGCAUCUUCCACAGCGCUGUGCAGGUGUAUGGAGAUGAUGAAUGGUCUUUUGGGUUUUGCGAACAUGGAACUGGAGUUUUUAGUUGCCCUUCUGGAAAGAACCCAAUGUAUACAUAUCGUGAGAGCAUUGUACUAGGAAGAACUAACUUUUCUAUCUUUAAGGUGAAUCAGAUAUUGCGGGAACUGAGUAGAGAAUGGCCUGGAAGUUCAUAUGACUUGCUAUCCAAGAACUGCAAUCACUUCUGUGAUGAAUUCUGUGAAAGGCUUGGUGUGCCAAAACUUCCAGGUUGGGUUAAUCGUUUUGCAAAUGCUGGUGAUGCAGCCUUGGAAGUAGCGGGAAAUACAGCAUUACGGUUUAGACAAGCCAAGGCAGAGAUUGUAUCAGCUAGCAAAGUGGCAUAUCGUUUCCUCGUAGGUGUCGCUUCCAAUAAUGGGCCUGCCCCUGAUUCACCUGGCAAUUCAAGUAGAGGAAGCCCUAGAUUUCAAGCAACUUGGUUUAAAAACGUAAUUACUUCUGGUGCUAAACCAUCUAGUAGCACAGAAGUAGACAAUCAGGAUGAAGAUAUGCAUCUUCGGCAGCAACUUGACCAAGUGUCAGAUAUACCAUCACGGCAGAAUUCACAACAAUGGCAGUCAGAUCUACCAGCACAUCAGAAUUCAAGGCAUGAUGUAUGAGGAAGCAUUUUGUUAAAGCAUUGUCAGCUGUAUCAGUUGAAACUUGCAAUAGACUAUCACAGCAAUUCAUUGUGUAUCACUGUAAAAUUUUCAUUGCUUUUCCAACUGAAUUUGCCGUAAUGGUGCCUAAUGGAUUCUAAGUACAUGGCAAAGGCUGUCAGUCAAUCUGUAAGGUUAUCCAUUUCACAGAGCCUGAAGCUUUACCCUGCGUCAUGGCAUUGGGCAAUUGUUA